AUGCUAUCCUUUGAAGACGUCAUAACCUACACCCAAACUACCAUUUCUAGCCUUCCCCCUGGAAACCUCCCAAAAUGGUUGCUGUUUAUUUCAGUCGUGUCAAUCUUCAAUUCCAUUCAAACGUACAUUUCAGGUCUGGCGUUGACUCGCAAAGUUUAUGGUAACAAGCCACAGGAGACUACGAAAUUGAGUGCUAGAACUUUUGGUACUUGGACCUUCGUGUCAUGUAUCAUCAGAUUGUACGGUGCCUUCUACCUGAACGAACUGCACAUUUAUCAGUUGGCCAUGAUUUCUUAUCUGAUAGCUUUGUUCCAUUUUGGCUCUGAAUUGAUCUUCUUCAGAACCUGCAAACUCAACUCUGGCUUUAUGGGGCCAUUGGUUGUGUCCACAACUUCGUUGGUGUGGAUGUACAGCCAAUUUGAAUACUACACCGGAACGAAGUGGACAUUAUGGUAA